AUGGUCGGCUUUUCGGCCUUUGCCAUCGGGCUCAACUGCCUCACCGUGCUCGCGGUCUUCGGGUGGGCGAUGUGGGUUGCCCCUGCAAGGUUCCACCUAGUGUCUUUCCGUCGGCGCUGGAAGUUCAUGAUUCAGAAGAUGAGGCCAUCCGUCCAUUGGUGGAUGAUGGUCAUCCUCAUCAAGGGCUUAUGGUUGGCACUGACAUCAGUGCUGUGGAACACUACGAUGGCCCAGUCGCUUUGGAUCUGCACAGGCCUCCUCGCUUACUUCACGGGCAGCUACGUUCUGCUGCCGUGGCGGAGCGUAUUCGUGGCCAUGCUGGACAUCGGCACCCACGUCUCGAUCUUGCUGCUCUGCCUGCUCCUCCCGUUCCUCUUGACCUUCAAGCCCGAGGAGUCGGAUGUGGCUUCGAUGUUCUUCCUUAUCUUGUCCGGUCUCUGCUUCCUAGCCGUUGUGACCAGCCUCCUCUGGAUCUUGUACAAGGUUUUGGGUCUUUGGUUCUAUGUGAAAGCGGCACUCCGAACAUGGCACAGACAGCUUCGCUAUAUGUUUAGACAUGUCAUAGGCAUGUCUGUGUUUGCCAUGAUGGGCAGAAGCCCAGACUUGACCCCGAAUCCUGUUGGCUCAAGCGAGCGCACAAAAGGCAUUCGCAUGCAGAGCUCCAGUGCAAUCGCAUUGAUAGCGGAGCUGAGGACUCCAGGCCCUUGGGGCCGCUUCGCCAUGGCAUCUGGCAGCUUCCUGGGGGGCCUUCGUUUUUCGCGCUUCCUCGCCGACGAGGACGCAGCUGGCCAAGGGUUCUCCACCACGGAGGGCCGCUUCGGAGUUACCAGGUUCAAUGGCGACUCGAGUCGCCUCAACGAGUGGACUUUUCGAGUCCGAGCCCUGGAGAGAAAGGAGGCCGCGAUGACGGCGCUCAAGGUUGCGCAGACAUUCGACAUCAAGAAGUUGGAGAAGAAUGGGGGAGGCCAUACCACAUUGAUGCCGCGGGCAUGGUGCCGGGCCAUGACGGAUCUCAAUGCCGAGCUGAAGUUGCCAGAUCUGAUCCUGGCCGAGCAGCUGCUGAACAACGUAGCCGAGGAGCUGAUCGCGCAGCACCCUCGGAUACACGAAUGUGCUCAAGGCCAUCCUGGCCUGUCCCUGGAGAACACCGAGGAUAUCCAGGAGUUCACAGAGGUCCUAUGGCUAUGCCGCCGAGGCAAAUGGACUCACAAUGAUGAUGACGAGCCCCAGCACGACCUCGAGUACCCCGACGACGAGGCCUACGGCUACAUGGGCUAUGCGGAUGGAGAUGAGGACUCCGGGCACCACGAGAUUGGCACGUUGCGGAGGAGCAUCUGGCGUACUUGGUCGAGGGAGGCCUACUUUGCCGGCAAGGCCGCCCGGCAAAAGGGGCACAGCGGCUUCCAGAAGCUGCAGCUUGAGCUGUCUCAGGCUCCUUCAGAGAAGCGAGCCAAGCUGCAAGCGCAGAAAGCACGGACUACAAUGGCAAUGGAGAGGGGAAUGGUUCUCCCACGAGCACGACAAGCGCUACUUCUUCUCCGGCAAAGGGGAAAGCAAAGGGCCAAAAACCUGGCAUGGUCUCCUUCUCCAUACCAGAGACCGCGCCUUCCAGAGCCCACCAUGCGCAACUUGCUGUACGACAUGAUCCACAACAACCGUGAGGACCACCUGCACUACCCGACCGUGCCGAGCAUUUUGAAAAUGCGGGGAGAAUGCCGCCGGGAUGGUGCUUGGACAGUGGAUGACGACUGGAAGCAGCUGAUGGAGACGCUAUGGGCCAGCCCAAUGCGCUGA